CAGGUGAUAACCUUGCGUUGUUAAGGGUGGAAAUUAAAAGUCAAAGGAAGUACAUUAGACAUUUAAAGAAAAAAUCACUCUGGUAUAGAAGUUUAGAUGAGGUAACUUCAGAUUGCUCCUCUGCACGAUGUGUUUAUCUUUACCCUCACACAGUCUCCCCCUGUUUAUUUAAUCCUCAUUUAGACUAUCAUUGUAUCUGACCCAUGUAUAAUGCCAUUUGUUGAAAAUCAGAAUACUAUUUUGAUUUAUUGUAAUAUAGCGGUUUAUAUGCAUGUAAUAUCUGAUUUAGGAGAAACAAAAUAUCCUCUAAUUAUAUGUAUUUAUUGUAAUAAGCCUAUAUAAACAAGUAUCUAAGGUGUAUUCAAACUCUAUGGUUUCAGCCUAUCAUGCCUAUUUUAUCUCUGUUAACAUGGUAUUAAGAGUUUGAUAGAUUAAGAGAAAAAGAGUUUUGUCAAAAUAUAUUUUAGGAAGUUUUAGAUAUUAUUCCUACUAUAUUUUAAUUCUGUACAUUUGUUGUAUCUUGCUAUUAUUACUACAAUAACAAUCCCACAAUUAGAGGGAUUUGUUCCCUAGAAUAGGCUGUCCUUAUUUCCUAAAAUAGGCAACAGACUCAUGUGUAUAUAUAUCUUUGUAUCUCAUGAUUAAAAUAAUAAGAUAUUGUUUUCUAAAUUUAAGAUGGUUUCAGAGCUCCUUAUCCUUGGGAGCCUCUGACUGUGAUUUGAUUGCAGCCUUCAUUGUUGCACAACCCUAGAAUUCCAUCGCAUCCGUCAUUGCUACGCAACCCUAGAAUUCCAUCGCAGCCUUCAUUGCUGCACAACCCUAUAAUUCCAUUGCAGCCUUCAUUACUGUGUGAUCCCAAACACUCAUCACAGCUUCUAUUGCUGUGUGCUUCCCUACUGCUCCUGAAUCGAUCUGAUUUUCUGUGCCUUAAUUGCACAUAUUUGUAAUGGCUGAAAUGGAAAAUGGGGACAAGUUCCAGAAUACGGUUGAGCUGCAAAAUGUCCAUUGAGCCUAUCGAUUGAAUGAAAAAAAUUCUCUCAAAUGGUCUCAACUCAUUAAGACCAUCUUGAAAGGGAUAGGAAAGGUCAGCCAUCUAACUGAUGAUGCCCCUGCUGAAGAAGAUGCCAAAUUCAAGUCAUGGGAUGAAGAAGACUCCAUGAUUAUGGCAUGGCUAUGGAACUCAAUGGUUCCAGAAAUUAGCGAUACCUGCAUGUUCCUUAAUUCUGCGAAGGCAAUAUGGAUUGCAGUAGAGCAAACCUACUCUAAGGCAAAGGAUGCUGCCUAGAUUUAUGAGGUGAAGGUAAAAACUAUGGUAGCCAAACAGGGCACUAAAACUAUCACUGAAUAUGCUAAUCAACUCAAAUCAUUAUGGAUGGAAUUGGAUCAUUACAGGGUUAUAAAGGCCAAGUGUUCUGAGGAUUCAGCAAUUCUAAGGGAUUACAUUGAACAAGACCGGGUGUAUGACUUCUUGGUAGGCCUAAACCAAGAAUAUCAUCAAGUCAGGAUCCAAAUAUUGGGAAAGGAGAAGGUUCCUGGACUCAAUGAAGUAGUAGCAAUUGUUCGGAGUGAAGAGAGUAGAAGAAGCCUAAUGCUAGAGACCCCAAUUGUGGAUAGUUCAGCUAUGAUUGUUGAAGGAGCAACAACCAUGGUUGUGGAACAAAAGAAAGUAGGCCUUCUUCCAAAUCUAGAGAAGAAAAAUGAAGGAGUAUGGUGCACCUAUUGCAACAAGUCACGCCACACAAGGGACAAAUGUUGGAGGUUGCAUGGAAAACCUCAAAGCAAAGAUUGGGGACACAAAGGAGGCCCUCCAAGGAGAGGGGGGCAAGCUCAUGUUGCUGCUGGUCCUGAAAGUCAAGGAGGAUCCGUCCAACUCAACCAUGAGGAGUUAGAGAGAGUAAGAUCCUUUCUUAGUAAAUUGAAGAAACCCAUAGGUACAUGUUCGUUGACAUACUCUGGACAAGAAAUCAGGGAGGACGAUUGGACAUGCUAGAGAAUGGAAUGGCCUUUACUACAUGGAAGAUCUGAAUCUGCCCAUUGAGAGUCUCUCUCUGAUAUCUGAGUCUGUCAUAACCAACAAAGAAAAAGAUUAGUUGAUUCAUUUUCGUUUGGGACAUCCUUCAUUUUGGGUCAUAAAGUUACUGUUCCCUUCCUAGUUUAAAAAUUUAAAUCUGGAGAGUCUUCAUUGUGAGGUGUGUGAGCAUGCCAAACACAAGUGUGUACCUUUUCCUAUUAGCAAUAAAAUAAGCACUUCUUCAUUUUAUCUUGUUCAUACGGAUGUGUUGGGGCCCCUCUAAUGUCCCUAAUAUCUCAGGGGCUAAAUGGUUUAUAACCUUUAUAGAUGAUUGUACAAGGGUAACGUGGCUUUUCCUUCUUAAACACAAAUAUGAGGUUAGCUCUGUUUUCCUACAAUAUGUUUCAGUGAUUAAAAAUCAAUUUGGGAUUAAUAUCAAGAAACUUAGGUCUAAUAAUGCCAAAGAUUACUUCAAUCAUACCCUAAAUUCUUUAUGCCAAAAGGAAGGGAUAACUCAUGAAUUCUCAUGUGUACACACACCCCAACAAAAUGGGAUUGCAGAAAGGAAAAAUGGGCACUUACUAGACCAAACUAGAGCACUCAUGUUUCAAAAUAAUGUUCCAAAAUUUUUUUGGGGGGAAGCCAUACUCACUGCCACUUAAUUAAUUAAUAGACUACCCUCUACAGUUUUAUCCUCAAAAGCCCCAUGGAAGUCCUAAACUCAUUCUACCCACAUAUAGCCCAUACAAAUAACCUUCAACCUAGAAUAUUUGGGUGUGUCUCCUUUGUGCAUGUUCACAGUAAUGGAAGGGGAAACUUGACCCAAGAGGAAUAAAAUGUGUUUUCUUGGG